AUGUCUGAUACUAGUCAUCAGAAUUCAGAGCUAAAGACGUCAACUGGGCACAGUGGAUCAGAAUCAACGAUAUCAUCAGAUAUUAAUACAGAGCCUAGGACUUCGACUAGUCCACGCCCUCAUGUUUCUACGUGGGUGUAUAUCAAAUGGUUCAUAUGGUCUACAAUUGCAAGUAUUUUUGGAUGUAGUAUCCCUGUCUUUACACCAUAUGACAAUACUUGGCCAACUACAUCAAUUCUAAUUGAUCAUAAUAAAUUUGAAUCUGAUGAUUCAAAUCUACAUGAGAAUAUUGAUGACGCAUAUAAUACACAAGUAUUACAUGAAGUGAAUGGUGUAUGUACGACGAAAAAUGCCGUUUCUUGUCUUUCAUCAACUUGUGAUUUUGAAGUGGAUGUAAAAACAGAGACAAAAAAACUUGCACUUUCUUUUCAAAAUCAUAUUCUUGAAAAUGAAAUAAAAUUGGAUUCUUCUUUUAAAGACGUUACUGAUAAUAAUAAUAAUAACGAAAAUAAUAAUAGUUAUAAUAAUAUAUCAUCAUUAGCAAAUGGAUAUUUUUGUGAUAUUAACCAAACAUUAAAUUGUAAACCUUUAACUGAUACGGAAGUAAUUCCAAUUUCUACAGCAUUAUUUACUGAUCCUGGAUAUUUAUGUACCGAAUCUAGUCCUGUAACAUUUACCUUAUUGGAUUCAUAUCAGUCGGAUUCAGUGAAUGGUUUUAUUGAUAAGGUAACUCGUGAUAAUUAUGUUCAUAAUUUAUUAAACUCUGUAUUACCACGUAAUUUAUCUAAUUCAAGUGAUAUAAGUGUACCAGUUGAAGCACGUAAAAUGUACGCAUGGAAUAAGCCAACACCAAUUAAGUCAGAAACACCCAUUGACAAUCAUGUAACUGAAUAUAAUUUUGAAGUAGGAUCAAUAUUAUCAGAUGAUAUAAAUGCAUCACCUGGACAACUUAAUUCAUCCGAUCAUUCUUACCCACUUUUGAGUCCUAAUACACUGGAAGACGAUAGUUUACAAGCUGAAUGUUUUGAUAAAUCACCUGAAAUAGAUUUAAAUUUACCAGAUGUUAGUCGAUCAGAUCAGACAUUGGCAUGGGCAAUGUCGAAUCUCUGUAUUGAUAAUACAAUUAAUGAAAUAGAUACUGAUUCAAAUGAGAUUUUAUCAAAUAAGCAAACGGAAGACCUAUCACCCUCCAGUGAAACAGUUAGCUUCAUUGAAAAAGUAGAUAAAAGUUCCAAUAUAUCUUCUCGACCUCCUGUGCCGAAUUCCUUACAACGACCUAGCAGAGAUCGUAGCCCUCUCUAUCAUACAAAUAUUAACAACAAUCGAAAAAAGAAUUCAGCAGAUUUGUCAACCUUCUUACCAUUUGAAGGUAAUCAAGCAUUCUCAGUAAAUGAUAUAGUUGAAACCCCUGAAACUACUAAACCAAAACGUAGUAGUUCACUAAAAUCCAAUAGAAGCCUUUCAGACACAUAUGUACCAAAAGCUGUUCGUUUUGCUGAUGCUCUAGGACUUGAUUUAGCGACUGAACGACAUGUAUAUGAUUCUGAAGCUCCACCAAAAAUACCAGCUUCUGCUAUAUCACAUUUGCAAUUAGAUUCUGAUGAAUCCAUUGCAAAAAUUGGUGCAAAACAAUUUGGUUUAUGUUUCUCACAACCAGGUUUAGCAUCUAAUUUUAUUCGUCGAGUACUUACCAGUAAUGUAUGCCUAGAAGAUUGUCAUAUUGAUAUGCAACGUUGUAUAUUAACUGGUACAAUAAGAGUUAAAAGUUUUGGUUAUGAGAAACAUGUUACUGUUCGCAUUACAUAUAACAACUGGAUUACGUUUUUCGAUACAUCUGCAUCAUACAUUCAAGGAUCAUAUGAUGGUGUAACGGAUAAAUUUUCAUUUAGUUUAAUCUUUCCUGAUACAAUGGUACCAGGUGAUAAAGCACAAUUUGCUAUACGAUAUGAAACACAUACUGGUGAACAAUUUUGGGAUAAUAAUCAUGGUCAAAAUUACUGUGUAACAUGUUAUGCGAAAGCCACGGAUCUAGCUGGUGAUGGAUCAUGGAUGCAUUAUCUUUGA